AUGCAGUAUCGCAUCGUAUCUACAGCUUCCGAACGUCUGAAAAGAGCUCCAGCAGCGUAUUACAGGGGCGGCACAUCACGUGCGAUCAUGUUCAAGCAAGAAGACUUGCCUCCAGAUCGUAAAGAUUGGGCUCCCAUCUUCUUGGGUGCCAUUGGCUCUCCUGACAGCAAUGGCCGACAACUGGAUGGCAUGGGAGGAGGACUUUCGAGUCUUUCCAAGAUAUGUGUAAUUGGAAAGUGUGCCGACUCUGAAAUUGCAGAUGUGGAUUACACUUUCGCUGCUAUUGGCAUCAAAGACACCGACGUGGACUAUUCCUCCAAUUGCGGGAACAUGACCAGUGCCGUUGGACCUUUCGCCAUAGAUUCUGGUCUCGUUGAAUCACCUUCAGAUGGUGAUACUACCAUCAGAAUUCGAAAUACAAACACCAACAAGAUCAUUCAUUCUACCUUCCCUGUGGUAGAUGGCGAGGCUGAAGCACACGGAGACUUCGCUAUUGAUGGAGUUUCUGGCACUGCUUCUAGAAUCCAACUCGCGUUCAUCAACCCAGCUGGAAGCAGAACAGGCAAGCUCUUGCCAACUAGCAAUUCCACAGACAUUAUCGACGACGUCAAGGUCAGCUUGGUUGACUGCGGGAAUCCUUGUUGUUUCGUCUCCGCAGAAGAGCUAGGAGUCGAUGGGACUACACUUCCAGACGCAAUAGAGAAACAACCGGAGCUGUUGAGAAUAUUAGACUCUAUUCGCAGACAAGCUUCCGUCCUGAUGGGUCUAAGCAAAGACGCGGCAUCAGCAACUGGAUCAGUACCGAAGAUCGCCAUGGUCUCGAGACCGAGCACGCAUCAAAUUCUGUCGGGAGAUAACAUGGACAAAGAAGAGGUGGAUUUGGUGGUAAGAGCGAUAUCUGUGGGACAACCGCAUAGAGCUGUCCCCAUUACGGUUGCAAUGGCUAUUGCUGCUGCUGCCAAAGUUGAAGGAUCGGUUGUUCAGCAAUUGGCUGAGAAGGGUAGAAAUGCUGACAGGGAUGGAUUCACUUUGGGACAUUCAAGUGGCAAGAUUGUAGUGGGCGCGAACUUUGCGGGAGAUGGGACAUUGAAGGAUGUUAUUGUGUAUAGAACAGCAAGGAGGCUGAUGGAUGGGAUGGUCUAUUGGAAAUGA